UAUCCAAACACAGACCUCUCUUCUUUCUUCCUCUCAUUCAUUCUUUCUUUCUUUCUUUUUGACACUUUUCUUUUCUCCUUUUUUUUUGUUUUUUUGGUUAUGCAAAAAUGGCAGUUGAUUUCAUGGGAUAUAGAAGCGAGAAGAACUUCUCAGCCAAAGUAGAAGAAAGUGCUGUCAAAGAAGCCGCCGCUGGUCUCGAAAGCGUUGAAAAACUCAUAUUGUUACUCUCCCAAACUCAGAACCAAAACCAGUUCGAGACGAAGAAGAAGAAUCACAACCACAGUCAAAAUCAUAUUCGUAGCAGUUCUAAUCAGUCUCACUCUCCUCCCAUGGAGAUCGAUAUGGAUUGCAAGGCCGUGGCUGACGUCGCCGUUUCUAAGUUCCGGCGAGUCAUUUCUCUUCUGGGUCGGACUCGCACCGGCCAUGCCCGGUUCAGACGAGCUCCUCUGCCUCAGUCCCAAGACAAACCCUCGUCUGAAACUAGGGUCUAUUACGCCACUCCGAUUCAACAGAUCCCACCACCGCAACCGCAAUCGCAACCUCAGCAACAACCACUGCAUCGAGAUCAAAACGCCGUCGUUAUACCCAAAACCGCCGUGACUGAGAGAAAGGACAAGGACCACUCCUCCUCCUCCGCUACCACCACCAUUAACUUCUCUUCUUACAGCUCUGCUGCCGCCACGACGUCGUUUUUGUCGUCGUUGACCGGUGAUUCGGAUACUAAAUUACAGCAUCACCAUAGCCACCACCAGCCGUCGUCUUCUUCCCCUGGUUUUCAGAUUACUAACCUUUCUCAGGUCUCUUCGGUCGGAAAGCCACCUCUUUCCACUUCUUCGCUUAAGAGAAAGUGUAGCUCUGAGAACUUGGGCUCCGGCAAGUGUGCCAGUGGCUCCUCCGGCCGCUGCCAUUGCUCCAAGAAAAGAAAACUGAGGUUGAAGAGAGUCGUGAGGGUUCCGGCUAUAAGCUUGAAAAUGGCGGAUAUUCCACCGGACGACUACUCAUGGAGAAAGUACGGACAAAAACCCAUCAAAGGAUCUCCACACCCAAGGGGUUAUUACAAGUGUAGCAGCGUAAGGGGUUGCCCAGCUCGUAAACAUGUAGAGAGAGCUCUCGAUGACCCAUCAAUGCUUGUAGUGACCUACGAAGGUGAACAUAAUCACUCACUCUCAGUCGCAGAGACCUCAAAUCUCAUCCUAGAAUCAUCUUAAUCAGAUCAUAGAUCCUUUCAUUCAAUCGAUCAAAAUCAAAAUCAAAAAAAAAAAAAAAAAAAAAGAAAGAAAAAACAGUGUGACGACGUCGUUUUACGACAAAGUCUUCGGCCGUUUCGAUUUUCAAGAAUGGGGAAUCUUUGUUUAGCAGUAUAGUUAGUAGUACUAUUUUCACAGUACAACUCGAGCUGAAGACUCAGUCAGAACUCGGCUCUGUCUCGAAGGAGAUUUUUUCUUUUUUCUUUUUUCUUUAAUUAGUGGGUUAGUUUAAUUUUCACUGUACAAUAUUAUUAUUGUUAUUAUAUCAUCGUAUGGGAUUUGAUUCCUUUUACUUUUUUUUUUUCAUUUUAAAAAAAUAUUAUAAUUUAAUCAAAAUGUGAAUUUGUCCAAUCUGAAAACACUAAGGUGGAUUUGGUAUUUUUAAGUGUCCAUUAAGAAAAGAAGAAGAAGAAAAAAAAAGAAGAGAAAAGGUUUGAUUUUUCUAGUGGAAAUGGAUUGCUUUAUCUUUGGUUCU